AUGGCGGAGUUGCAUAUUCUUGGCACGCUAGUAGGUGCAUCCGAGUUCCCCAAGGCAACACUGUGUUGUCAAUGGGAGCUAACGGCAGGAGAGAAAUGGACUCCUGUAGAAGGAGACCUUUCCGGACAAACUCAUGUAGAUGUACCUUUGAUUAGAGUUCAGGUCUACUAUCAAGACAUGUUUGGUCGUAAUGAGUUGUAUGGAUACGGGUUUGCACAUAUCCCGUCAUCUCCCGGACUGCAUAAAAUCGAUAUUUCAACUUGGAGACCUGUUGGUACACCUUCUGAUCAAAUUUGGUCCUAUUUUCUAGGAGCAACACCUCAACUAAAAAAUUUGGAUUUAAUUGAUACACCUACUGACCGGUUUAGAUUGAUCACAGCUUCCAUGGGAAAAGUACAUUUAGAAAUAAAUGUCAUGUUGCGCAACUUUCACAACCAUGGAAUAGACCUAUAA